GUUCAAAAUAAUUUUGUAUUAAAACAUACUAUCGUAUCAUCGUUCAAAGUUAAGUAUCCUUACCGGAACAUUUUAAUACUUCAUCCGUCCCUUAAUAAAAGACACGCUUUAGGGGGUGUUUGGAACUGAUUCUGAUUCUGCUUCUUUUUUAAAGUAGAAGCAGAUUCAGAAUCAGUUUUUAGAAGGUGGUCACCCUCAGCUUCUAAAAAAACUGAUUCUAGGAGUAAAUUAGAGCACCAGAAUCACUUCUGCACUUUCACCCAAACACUUCAGCUUCUGCUUCUGGUCCCUGAAGAAGCAAAAGCAGUUUUAAGAAUCAGAUCCAAAUACCCCUUACUUUGUUGGGAUCUCUCUAUAUAAAUACACAUUUCCUUUUUUAGCACCAUGCAUAAUUUUACCUUGACUCCGAGUAAGACAGUACAAGGUGAAAUCGAUCGAAGGGAAGAUGGCAGGCAAGACAUUUACUUAAUUACGGAGUAGAUGCGUUUUGUUUUCUUUUACACUUUGUUUUUUUUUUCUCCUAACCAAUAAUGAGCGCAGGAGGCAAUGCGGAAGAAGUUGUGGCUUUGUUGUUUUGGGGCGGGGAAAUGAUAAAGCGAGGAGAUCUCGGGUCUGUGGAUUAUUCAGAUCCGCCAAAAACGAUGCGUUUCUUGAGUCGCCACAGUGGCCACGAAGAUCUCGUGGCGGAGGUGCAUUCGGCGAUGAACACCGACGAAGAGGAAACGAGUUUGGAUCUGUUCGGGAAGUACGCGACGAGGGUGGACGGAGAGAAGUUGGUGUUCGUCUCUAUUCCGCUCACUGAUGAUCGAUCGUGGCGGUGGUUUUUGAAGUCGGUGGAUCUCUCCCAGCCCCUUCAUGUGUAUGCCACUGCCACUGGAAAGAGCAGAGCACCAGAUGCUGAGGGCUGCAACCCCAGGGCGCGUGCUUCAAGGAGCGUGCGGCGGAAGAGAACCGGAGGCGCGUGGUCUUCGUCGUCGUCGAUGCGGAUCUUUGUGAACACCCUGAGGGGGAAGACGGUUACCUUAGAGGUCGAAUCAUCGGACACUGUUGGUGAAUUGAAGGAACAAAUAGAGGAUUCGGCAGGCUAUCCGCCUGACCGGCAGCGCCUCAUCGUCGGGGGAAGGCAACUGGAGGACUGUAAGACGCUUGCCGACUACAACAUCCGGCAUAGUUCCACUCUCCUCCUCGUCCUCAGGGCUUGAUUUGAAUAUAUGUAUCUAGCUUCUCUAGCACGAGCCAUUGAACCUUUCCUUUUGCCAUCUCAGAUAUGGAGUAUUUGGUUCAUCUUUUUUGUUUUUGGUUCAUCGAUUUGAAGCGUUGCGAGAUGAAUGGAUUGGGUUUUCUAAUCAAAGUUUAGGUAUUACGGGGUAAUAUUCAGCUGGCUGCAUAACCUGUAUUGACUCAAAGGGCUAUUUGUACAAGAGAAAAUUCCCUAAAUAUGAGUAAAAAUGUUUUGAAAUUCCAAAAUAAAUUUCUGCCAAGUUUGGCAUUACAAGGCUUUUAACAUGACAUUUUUUUCCAAACUUGGCAGAUUAUUUCUAUUCAGGGAAUAAAAAACAUGAUACUCCUAUUUUGGAAUUUCAAAACGUUUUUGCUCUUAUUUAGGACAAUUUCUGUCUGUACAAUUAGUCGAUUACAAUGAACGUAUUUUGAUGUUUCGUGGUUAUUACAUUGUGCUCUUUCCGU